AGAUUAAAGUGGCUAAUCUUGUGGGAAAGAAUACCAUGAGAUCAUGAACCUCUGAGUGUAGGAGAAUGUCUCACCAGUUUCAACAGAAACUCACUUCUCAGGGUAACAGCUACCAAAAUGGUGUCAUCUAACACUGAGCUCAUGGUCAUAUGUUAUCUGCAAGAACAUACACAAAUAGUUCUCUUUUCAGAUGAGGCCUGUUCAUGCACUCCUGUCCACUUCUGGAAAAGAGACACAGACCAAAAUAUGAUCUUAUUCUUGUGAUCAUCAAAGCAAUAUCCUUGUAUAGCAUUUGUUAUUAUGAUUAACAAGAGUGACCUAACAUAUAGGAGAUACAGGAACAGCACAAUUGAAACUUGGAAUGAAAAUGUCUUCUGAAAACUUUGCAAUGGGAAUUUUCCUCCUCUCUCAGAUUACAGUGGGAAUGCUUGGCAAUUCCUCAGUACUAUUUCAUUACAUCAUUUUAAUUCACACUGGGAAGCAUUUAAUGCCCAAAGAUCUGAUUAUAGAGCACUUGACUUUUGCCAACUGCUUGUCUAUCAUCUCAAAAGGCAUUCCACGGACAAUGUCAGAUUUGGGAUUUAAGGAUUUUCUAGAUGACAUCGGAUGUAAAUUGAUAAUGUAUAUUUCUCGAAUAACAAGGGGAGUGUCCCUUUAUGCCAUGUGCCUACUGAAUUGUUUCCAAGCAAUAAUAAUCAGCAUCAGCAACUCCAGGUGGAUGAAGCUUAAAUACAGAGCAACCAAGUACAUUGGUCCCUCCUGCUCGGUCAGUUGGCUUGUGCACCUGGUUCUAAACAUCAUUAUUCCAGCAAGAAUGUUAGGCCCCAGUUACAAGAAAAAUGCUACUAACUGGGUGAGUUAUGAAUACUGCUCAUUGUUUCCUUCUAGCAGUAUGACAACUGUACUAUAUAUGUUCUUACUGUCCUUCUCUGAUGUCCUGUGUCUGAGUCUCAUGGCCUGUGCAAGUGUCUCCAUGAUAAAUAUCCUCUACAAACAUAAGAGACAAGUCAAGCAUAUACAUAGUACUCAGCACUUUCUAAAAGUCUCACCUGAAGACAGAGCCACCCAAACUAUCCUCAUAUUGUUGUGCAUGUUUGUCAUCUCUUACUCAUUCUCUUCUGUUCUGACUGUCUUACGGACUUGCUCCAAAUACCCAGUGCUCUGGGGAGUAAAUGUAUUUACAUUUAUUGAAAUAUCCUUUCCCAUACUUUGUCCCUUUGUUCUUAUCAUAAAUAUGAAGUCUAGUUUUAUUCUGUUUUUACCCUGCUUUGGUAAGAAAUAGGUUCCUCCAAGUAUGAUAAGAGCCCUGGUCAUCUCUUUACUAUCGUAGAUUGUCAUGUUCUUUUAUCUGUUGUACAGUGGUAAAACUUAUUUGAAAACAUCAAGCUUUCUAUAACUGCUUCAUCAUGUAUAGUGGUCAACAGUUUUUAUGCUGGAACCAUUUUGUAUAUGUCUUACUUAUGCUUCCUGUACCUUCAGACAAAAUACCUGUCAAAGGCAACUCAGAGGAAAGGUGUUCUUAACCACACAUUCUGAAGGUUCUGUCCAUCAUGGUAAGGUAGUAAAAGUGAGAAGAUGGAUUUGUGGAGAGAGGGGCAUAAGUUACAUGAUAACAUUAAAUUCACAAGAAAGCAAGACAGACAUAUAUUUCUUUGCUCCAUUCUUUUUCUUUGGCCCUUUUAAAUAAGACUCUACGUCUGCCAAUGAGAUGGUAUGACCCAGAGUCAAAGUGGGAUUUCUGUCCUCAAGUGACAAUCUCUGAAAUAUAUUCACAGUCAUAUCAG